AUGGAAGCUGCUGAAAAAAGACGAAGAAAGAACAGAGAAGAGGAAGAAGAGGAAGAGAGAUUAAAGGCCGAAGCGAAAGCUGAGAAAAUGAGAAGAGCUGAGUUUUUGCAACCAAACAGAAAUGUCAAAGAAGUUCCAGAAUUUGAAGUGAAGAUUGAAGCUGAACAAGUCCAAGUAUCAGAAAAGAGGCGAUUAUAUUUGCGAGAAGAAGCCAAAUCCUCUACAUCGCGUACCAGACAACCGCCUCUUGAACGGGAUCGGUUAGGUGCUCAUGAACGUCUAGUGCAAGAUUAUUUUUGUGAAAAUCCGUUGUACGAUGAUGGUCAGCUUAAGCGUAGGUUUCGUUUGAGCCGACGACUAUUCGUUAAAAUUUCUAAUGAUUUUGCGGGCGAAUUCCCUUUUUUCACGCAAAGAGUAAGUGCAAGUCGCAAAGUUGGUUUCUCUGGACUACAAAAGUGUACAACAGCAAUUAGGCAACUAGCGUACGACACAGCGAGUGAUGCGUGGGAUGAAUAUUUAAGUAUGUCGUCAAGAAUGUGUCGUGAGUCUCUUGAAAAUUUUUGUGAAGGUGUUAUCUCUCUAUACGGGAGACGAUAUUUGAGGAUGCCAACCGCAGCCGACGUUCCACUUCUAUAUGAGGCCCAUCAGUGCAUACACGGGUUUCCUGGGAUGUUGGGUAGUCUUGAUUUCACGCACUGGGAAUGGGCGGCAUGUCCAACCGCUUGGAAAGGGCAACAUCAUCGUGGUGACCAUGAUGGUCCUACCCUAAUAUUACAAGUGGUCGCUUCUCAAGAUUUAUGGAUUUGGCAUGCGUACUUUGACAUGGCUGGUGCGAACAAUAACAUUGUAGUUUUAAUGUCCUCGAAUCUUUUCGACGAUGUCAUAGACGGGGUUGCACCAGAUACUUCAUUCUAUGCAAACGACGUGGAGUAUAAGUAUGGCUACUAUCUCACAGACGGUAUUUAUCCUGAGUGGGCGACGUUGGUAAAAACUCUUUCGUGUCCAGAUGAGAUGAUGAAAAAAGAUUGUAUUUCAAGAAAAACAAGAGUCAGCAAGAAAAGAUAUCGAGCGGGCUUUCGAUGUGUUAAAAAAAAGAUGGUCUAUCAUCGCCCAGCCGUUGAGGAUACUUGA